GUCUCUGACGUCCCCGCCUGCAGCUCGUCCCCUGUCCCUCUCUGCAGUCCCCCCCGAGGACCCCACCAUCGACGGAGCCCCCGAGAUCCUGCUGCGUGCGGGGACUCCCUACAACCUGACGUGCCGGGCACGCAGCGCCAAACCGGCUGCCACCAUCGUCUGGUACCGUGAUGGGCUGCAGCAGGACGGAGCCGUCACCACCACGGAGGUGCUGGCUGACGGCAAGCGGGAGACGACCACCAGCCUGCUGGCCAUCAACCCCACCGACCUGGACAUCGGGCGCGUCUUCUCCUGCCGCAGCACCAACGAUGCCAUCCCCGCCGGGAAGGAAACCUUUGUCAAGCUCAACGUGCACCGUGAGUCCAGCAUGGGCACGGAGGGGACGAUGCUGGGUGGCAGGCAGGUGGCACCGGGGCAGAGGGAUUUGCUGUCGGGGUGUUGUGGGGUACCAUGGAGACCCCAGCCCCGUGGUGCUGAGCUGGUGGAUGCUCACCGCGCUGCAGGCGGGGCCGGGCGGGCACGGCGUGGUGAACACCGACCUCCAGUGGUGGCUGUGGGAAGGCACUGCCCCGUAGGGCCGGCGCUGUGCGGGGAUGCUGGGUGCUGGCAUCUGUAGAGGGGACUGGGUACCCAAAUCUAUGGGGGAUUAAUGGGUACUCCGUUAUGAUUGGGGAUGCUGGGUGCCUACAUCCAUCAGGGAUGCUGGGUGCCCGCUUCUAGAAGGGAUGCUGGGCACCCAGAUCUAGCAUGGAUAAUGGGUACACACACCAGACAGGGAUGCUGGGCACCUGGAUCUAGCAUGGAUAACAGGUACACGCAUCAGACAGGGAUGCUGGAUGCCCAGA